UCGCGGCGGCUUCGCACCAGAGCCCGCUCGAUCCCUUUCCCAGGCGCCGGCGCGGAGCACCGAGGCGCGGCGGCCGCUCCUGCCUCGCGAGUCCCGGCGAGCGCCUCUCCCCGCGGCCGGCCCGGAUCCCCGCCGCGCGCGCUUUCCCACGGGUCGGGCUCCACACUGGCUGUCAAGAACCAUGGACUGUUUUUGCCUGCCCUGUCCGCUGUCAAGACACCAUGAAUCCCGGUAACCGAAUGCUGAUGGUUAUUCUAGUAUGCCAAAUCCUGCUAGGCGGUACCACUCGUGCCAGUUUGAUCCCCGCCGAGGCUGGCAAGAAGAAAGUGCCCGGGGGGUUGGCACAGCAGCGCGGAGGACGAGGAGAGGAGGGCGCCCCCCCGGGGACCUCCCGCCGCCCCUUCCCCAACCAUGAACUCUUGCGUGGCUUCGAGGCGACCCUGCUGCAGAUGUUCGGCCUGCGAAGGCGGCCGCAGCCCAGCCGGACGGCCGUCGUCCCUGCCUACAUGCUGGACCUCUACCGCCUCCAGUCCGGCGAGGACGAGGAGAAGGUGCUGGACCCCGGCCUCCGGUACCCGGAGAAGUCCACCAGCCGAGCCAACACCGUGAGGAGCUUCCAUCACGAAGAGCACUUGGAGGACGCGCUGGCGGGCCCGCCGAGCCCGGCGCCGCGGCUGCGCUUCGUCUUCAACCUGAGCAGCGUGCCGGCCGACGAGGCCAUCUCCGCGGCGGAACUGCGCCUCUUCCGCGAGCAGCUGCCGGCCGGCGAGGCGGCGCCGCUGCGCAUCAACGUCUUCGAGGUGAUGAAGCCGGCCGAGGCGGCCACCCGCCUGCUGGACACCCGCCUGGUGCACCCCAACGUCAGCCGCUGGGAGAGCUUCGACGUGAGCCCGGCCGUGCUGCGCUGGACCGCGGGCCGGCAGCCCAACCACGGCCUGGCCGUCGAGGUGCUGCCGCUCCACCCGCGCCCGCAGCAGGGCCGCCACGUCCGCGUCAGCCGCUCCCUCCCCGAGGGGCCGGCCCGCGGGACGGGGGACGCCGCCGACGCCGCCUGGGCGCGCCUCCGCCCGCUGCUCGUCACCUUCGGCCACGACGGCCGCGGCCGCGCGCCACUCACCCGCCGGGCCAAGCGCAGCGCCAAGCACGCGCACCCGCGCCCGCGCAAGAACAAGAAGAACUGCCGCCGCCACGCCCUCUACGUGGACUUCAGCGACGUGGGCUGGAACGACUGGAUCGUGGCCCCGCCGGGCUACCAGGCCUACUACUGCCACGGGGACUGCCCCUUCCCCCUGGCCGACCACCUCAACUCCACCAACCACGCCAUCGUCCAGACCCUGGUCAACUCCGUCAACGCCAGCAUCCCCAAGGCCUGCUGCGUGCCCACCGAGCUCAGCGCCAUCUCCAUGCUCUACCUGGACGAGUACGACAAGGUGGUGCUCAAGAACUACCAGGAGAUGGUGGUGGAGGGCUGCGGCUGCCGCUGAAGGCGGAGGAAACCCAGGGGCCGCCCUCCCGCCUUCCCUCUCACCACUAGGCGUGCUGGCCUCCAGGUGGCGGCUGGAGACCUCCCGGGAUUACCACUGAGCUCCAAGCCACAGAGAUCCCUCCUCCCGGGGGAAAGGGCUGCUUUGGAGGGUGGACUCUAUUGAUGCCCCGCCUCGCACCUCCCCAAACCUGCCUCUCCAGGCUCCGCCCCCAAAUCUCCAGGAAUUUCCCGACCUGGAACUGGCAACCCUACAACAGCCUGUCCAGUCCAAAAGGCGCUGGGAAGGGGGAAGAGGAGGUGGUGGGAGGUGGCCUCCUCUAGAACGGGGCUGGCUUUCUUCUUGCAAAAGAAAUAAGAAACUUGUUCUCUCUCUCUCACACACACACACACACCAGCAAAAUCAUUAAAAAAAAACCCCAAUCCCUUAAUCCGUUCACCUUGACCUUAUUUAUGACUUAAUGUGCAAAUGUGACAAUAAUGAUCAUAUAUUUUGA